GAGCAUGUAUAUAUGCUCUCACGGCACACCGCCUGAUGUCUCGCCAAGUUCCUGCUCGCGACCGGAACGACAGAAAAUAUACACUCUUUCUUUAAAAGGGCCACUGUCCGCCGUUGAGUUUCGCCUGCUGCUCGUACCCUCUCGCUCUGUUAAGAAUGGGAACCACUGUGUACGACACGACUCUCGGGCUCUUGUUCGAUGCUUUGGUCAUCACUUCAGUUUUGUUCGGAGUGGGCUGCCUUCAAGUAUGGCUUUAUUUCCGCAAGUAUGGAUCGAAGGAUAGCUGGAUAAUCAAGACAGCAGUCAUCUUGGUCUUGAUUUUCGACACUUGCCAGCAGUGCUUGAACGCAGCGACCGUGUACUUCUACAGCAUAUCAAAUCACGACGAUGCUACCAUAAUGCUCACUCUGAACCCACCCCUAAUUAUUCAGGCCAUAUUUGGGGGACUCGUCGCUCUCUUUGUUCAAAUGUUCUUCAUUUAUCGGAUCUGGAGGUUGGCCCAUGGCGCAUGGUACGGGCUUCCAAUUACGGGAAUUGUGGCGGCAUGCAGUGUGACAACUUUCGGCAUUCUCAUGUCUUAUUGCGGCAACGCUGUUCACUUCAAAUCUGUGACACAACUGCCAGCGAUAGAUCCUCUCACACUCGCUGCCAACCUAGGAGCAGCUAUAACUGACGUGGCUAUCACCUGCGCGAUCAUCUCAUUGCUGAAUCAUUCCAGAACUGGGUUUUCGAAAACGGACGGCAUGAUAAACAGGCUGGUUACUUUCUCUCUCAAUACUGGUCUGUUGACUAGCGUUAACGCUCUGUUCGCGGUCAUCACGCUGAAAGCUUGGCCGGACACGUAUCUUUACAUGUUCUUUUAUCUUAUGCUCGGGCGUUUGUACACGAACUCGUUGCUUGCAACGCUGAACUGCCGCGACUACAUUCGCAACACUCGGUCAAACCCCAACAGCUCCGUAUCCGCACCGCAGUCAGUCCCACUACAGGCUGUCGCUCGACAGUUCAACCCGCAGCAGAGCACGUUCAAUGCUUCUCCUUCGCAUGAGGGCGAACAUAUUGCUAUUCGGAUCGAUACUAUUGCGCAAACAGACGGCCAGAGCGAUAAGGACUACUAUGGAUCUGGAAAGGGCGCUUGAGCUGGAGCGUGUGAUGUCUCGACGAUCGACGGUGUCAUGGUUGGGCCUGGUUGCGCCUCUUGGCUCCGCGCUCUGCAGUCUAUGACUAUCCGCCUACGCCUCCGACGGUGAAGUUGCAUGAUGACGGGGCGUGAGAUCGUGUUUUGAUGUACAUUGUAGCGGAGCGCGCAGAGCGCGCGUCUUUUUUGUGGGUUUUAUUGGUUUUUAUCGCUUUGUUUG